AUGGCUGGUCUUUCAAGCUUUCAAAUCAAUUUUUUUUACUACUAUUUUCUAUUACACAUUCCCAUUACGUUGCUGAUCGAUUCAGCAGUAGUUCUUCCACCGAAAUUUCACGUAGCUGGUUGGCUAUUAUCGAAGCAGAUAGAAGAUAAUAACGACUUCUUACUAUGGGACAAACCACUAUGGUUACAAGCCUUCGUCACCUUGGAAUUGGUUGUACAGCUACCUCUUUUCUUUCAAUUUGCCAAGCAAUUGCGUCAAAAUCAAGUUGAUAGCGGUUCAUUGAGGCUUUACGGCGUUUUAGCAUCAACCACAACGCUGGUAUGCAUUGGGGCAAUUUUAGAAGGUCACUAUCCCGGGACUAUCGUGCCUCUAAGUGCUGCAGACAAAUUCAAGCUGGUUGGCAUUUACUUCCCUACCUUCAUUAUCCCAUUUAGAUUGGUACUGCUUUGA